GGUUUAUCCUGUGGAGAAACGAAACCGAAAUCCUGGAGUAUCCAAACUGAAGUCAUUUUCCAGACUGUCGCAGUUCUUUCAGGAUCUGUGGGGUUUUCCAGAACAGCAGAUUCCACAGGUGGAGUCUUUUAGUUUCACCAGAGAAGAGUGAGGCUGGGACAGAGGAGGACAUGUGUGCACAAAGACCCUUCAGUGACUUUUACUUGAAGAAAACUGCAGUAGAACUGGAUGAAGAUCUGUCUGAAGAUGAAGUCCAGAAGAUGCUGUCUCACAUCGAUAUGCUGAAUGAAUUCAGAGUCUCAGUCACAAGAGGAUGCUGUGGUCUGUGGUCAGGCCCCACUGAAUUCUCGUCUCCAGGGUGGAAGCUCCGUGUCCUCGGCCGGUCAGUGGCCCUGGAUGGCCAGUUUACAGAGGAAUGGAAGUCACGUAUGUGGUGGGACUCUGGUGGCCGUGGACUCGGUGCUAAGUGAUGCCAACUGCUUCUCAAGUCCACCCGUUGCAUCUGAAUGGACGGUCAUCUUGGGUCGUUUGAGACAGGUGGGGUCCAACCCGUUCCAGGUGACCCUGAAUGUGGCCAGUAUCACUCUGACCGGCUCCAACGUGGCAGUGCUGAAACUGGCCUCCAAUCCCACCCUGUCCAACUACAUCCAGCCCAUCUGCAUGGACAACGGACGGACCUUCUCUGUGGGUUCCACCUGCUGGGCUGCAGGCUGGAGCUCUGGACAAGGAGGGGCGGAACAGGUUAUGCAGGAAGUCCAGACCUCGAUAGUAAAUUGUGGGAAUACAUCAACUAGUGACGCUAUUUGUACAGGAGCGUUUACACUGAAUGAGGGGGAUUAUGGCGGUGCGCUGAUGUGUAAGGUGGACAACUCCUGGUUCCAGGCAGCAGUUUUAACCAACGCCAACAGCACCCGGCAAGUACGAGGAGGUAUACGUGAUUUCAUCAAACUGUCCACUUUUCUGGAAUUCCUGUCAAGGAGUGUGGGGACCUUAUCUCCACCGUCCACCGCCAACCCCACCUCCAGUCCGAACACCACCAGUAACACCGACGCCAACGCCACCACAGCCCACAGCAGCGCAGGAGCCACCACUCCCUCCAGCACCUUCAUCCUCUUCCAUCUCCUCAUCAUGUCCCUGUGCUUCCACCUCUGGAAGUAGAAACUGUUUCUAUGGAAAUUCAUUUUACAGGAUGUGACGGACACAAAUGAAUGUAAAAAGACAUGUUUUUACCGACGCUUUAAGGUUAAAACUGCUUUAACUCAUUGUUGACAAUCAGUGUAACUCUGCAGACGACUGAGAGCAAACGAGUAAUGAACUGAGUGGGUGGUCCUACAGAUUCCUACCUUCCUUACUGACAAGAAUUUGAUUUAUUACAAAAAUGAACAAUACAUAAUCAUCAGCGACACGGACAUCUGCAGAAAUAGAAAAGAGAGCUGGAAAAGUAAAUGGUGUCCAAUCAGAUCGUGCAGAUCAAUACAGCAGUUUAAUUAUGUUCCAUAAAGGCCUCACAGGCUGGUGGCUCAUGUCAUAUUUACAAGAAAUCCACUGACGCAGCAUUUUUUAAUCAGCAUCUCAUUUU